ACUGCCAUGCCUAACGCAUGGCUCCAGAACCUGGAGAAAAGGAAGUAAAAUGGAGUUACCUUUGGAUGAGGAGGAUGGCACCUUCACCAACAUCUCUUUGGCAGAUGAUUCAGAGCAUCUCUCAAGAAUACUCCCUUCAACAGUGGAAAGAGCACACUCUACAAUGAUGAAUGCCGACAUGGAUGCUGUUGAGGCUGAGAAUCAGGUGGAAUUAGAAGAGAAAACACGGCUUAUUAAUCAAGUGUUGGAACUGCAGCACACACUUGAAGAUCUCUCAGCACGAGUAGAUGCUGUUAAAGAAGAAAAUUUGAAACUGAAAUCAGAAAACCAAGUUCUUGGACAGUAUAUAGAAAAUCUGAUGUCAGCGUCUAGUGUUUUCCAAACAACUGACACAAAAAGCAAAAGGAAGUAAGGGUUGACUCACAGAUGAUGUCAUUGUAUUGCUGCUGUCUUUAUUUUUUGUUUUAAUUGACAUAGGCUACAUGAGCUGAAAUACCUUAGUUUGUGGCUUUACUGGAUACCUGAAGAUGAAAAGCUUUGGUGAUGAAACACAAUGAAGAACAUUAUCAUGAACAGGAGAGAUAAGUUUGUGUAUUAUUAAGAUUAAGCAAUGUGCACAUGUAGUGUAGAGACUUACUAAACUUUCGUAUUUGUUUUAAAAAUGAGCAUAUCUUGUUAAAAAUUGGAUUCAGUUUGUCAGAUUAAACGGAAGUGUGUCGGCACUCUUGGAGGUCUUAGGGUAGUGUUCUCAACUAGCAAGAUAAUGCAGUUACGUUGUAUUGAAACCUCAUUUGGUAAAAAUCUUCAGAGUCUCAUUGCAUCACCUUUUCCACCUUAAAUAUAUUUAGGUUAGAUCUGCAAAGCAACUUUAAACAAAAACCUAUAAACCAGUUAAGAAUUUCUGUGAAGGAAUACCAGUAAGACACUAUUUGCAGGGCUUGUGUACAGAAAAACACUUAAGAUUUUUUGGGAAGGGGGAGGGUAAGAGAAGAGGAUCAAGGAUAAGCAACUUAAAUCAGGGAAAUACCAAACUGAGGCAGCAUCAGAGCGUUUGUAGCUUGCAAGAUGCACACUUCAAACCAUUUCCACUUUCCUGUUUUCUCAAAGAAUGAUCAGGUGCAGCAUCAUGAUCCUCCUGAAGUUUUUUAGUUGUGUGAUGAAGAGUUAAGUAAAAACCCAGGUAAUUUACUUCACAGAAACAGAAGGUCAACAGCUGCAGAACAAUGUGCAGUGAGGAACUAAGCACAAGUCUUUCCUUCCCACCUUUUACCUUCUGAAGUGCCAAACUUGUCUUUGCUUCAGGCCUUAGAGCAACUGCUUUCCUGCCCUGGAGCCUGAGCUUGUGAAGUACCUCUUGAGGCACAGCACAAGAACAGGUAUCUAAGGCAGAAGACUACAGUGGAACAAAGGUGGCUUUUGCUGCUCAGACUUGUGCUGCUCUGAGCAAAGCUUAGUGUCAAGGUGCCCUGUUUUUUACUGGCUUGCCAGUUUGUUAGCAGGUUUGGUAGAGGUGCUCAGCCCAGAUUGUGGGUCUGAACACUUCUCGUAGAAGCAGCACAUCUAGCAUAAUCAGUAUUAAUGGAGAGCAGAGCCUGAAAUACAAACAACAAUACACAGUUUAGCAGUACUCAGUUGCAUGUUUCACCUUGCCACACAGCAGCAUUGCAGACGUUACUUAUGGGAGUUACCUAGAACUGAGCUCUGUCUCUUCAGUAAUGAAGCCGUUGUACUUUUAACAACAGCAAACCACUAAAGGAUCUCUUCCAGCCUUGCUGUGAUGAAUUCUAUGAAAUAAAGCUGCAGGAAUGGAAUGAGUGUAUCUAAUAGUAGAAUAAAUCCCUCUCAAACCCCAAGUUUCUUGGCAGCUAAGCACUGCUGUGUCUCAAGUGUAAGUUGACACUGUGAGGUCCCCCUCCCAAAGGAGGGGUUUCCCAUUUCUCCCCAUUUAAGAUGGCUGUACAGCACUCGCUGUCAGCAAAGCCAAAUGAGUGCAGACAGAGCCCUAAUAGUUCAGUCUUGAGGGCUGAUUACAAGUCUAAGUCAAGAAAUAUGAUGGAGAAAAGUUUUACCCCAAGGCACAAGUGGCUGCUACCAUUUGUGUCAUCACAUUCCGUAAACAUCCAGAAGUAUUUUUAAUCUUACACAGACUACUUUCUCACUGGAACUUCAUCCAAGAAUUGCUAGCAGGUAGAGUAGAUCACAUGCUUAGUCCAGGGUUUGAGCAUUAAAAAAAAACAACCAACCCCCCCAAAAAAAACCCAAACAAACAAACAAAAGACUACUCACACCAAGCACUUGACUUCUUAAGACUGCAUUGUAUUACAGCCAUCCCAGCUUUAAAGCCACAUCACUGCACAUCUCCAUCUGCACUGCAGGGGAUCAAGUAGUAACAGAGCAUGUGCUUGUUAGACUGCAGUAAUUUCCCAAGAUCAAGUAAUCUUAAAAUCAUGGUUUUGUAUUGUAAGAUUGGAUAGUCGUAUUUUAAUCCAUCAGUGUGUAUAUAGUAGCCAUUUCAUCUAUGUACCAUUUACAUCCCAGUACUGUGGCCUUCAUUUAACUUAUUAACAUUUUAAAGAUGUUGUAUUUCUGACUUUACACUAAAUAAAAACUUUUGAUUUGUC